AUGCAGGAUAUCGUCAUCGUCGGUAGAGCUAGAGGCCCUAUAAGCAAUAGCCAGCCGGUCGGGUCCUUGCUUUUGACGGACGCGUUAAUUGCAAACACUCCAACUGGUAUUGUGACCUCCUUAUAUACGGAGAACUCCACCUCAUUCCUUGUGCAAAACACCGGAUUCUUCAACAUCAAGAACGCAAUCAUUGACAACGUCGUCUCUAAGACCCUGGUUGCUGGUGACGUCAAGGCUAUAGGUGCCAAGGGUAACGGUGUAACCGAUGACACGCCGGUUUUGAAUGCAAUCCUGCAGAACGCAGCCAACAUAUCCUCGAUUGUCUACUUUCCUUUUGCAUCACUGCUUCUCUAUCUGACGCCUAAGUCGUCUGCCUACAUAGAGAAUGUUUGGGUCUGGGUGGCGGAUCAUGACCUAGAUGUCGUCACUCAGGAUCAGAUCGACGUUUAUGUCGCACGCGCGGUUCAGGUUCUACCCCCUGCGCCUCUUCCUAAGCAGUGCGCAUCAUUGAUUCUGAAACAAUCUAUCUACUUAGAGCAGGUAGGUCUUUAUAGUUUCUUCAAGGACUACAGUCAAAGCUGUUUGAACACUGAGAACUGCCAGCAAAGAGGCUUCCACAUUGAGCAGAGUACUGACAUUUGGAUCUACAAUCUCUGCACCAAGGCUAUUGUUGAGAUAGUGACACCGGUGGGUGAGCUCAUCACUCUAGCAGCCGACAAUCGCAAUGGCUUCCUCUCUUCCUUCUUAGCCUGGGUCCGCGUGUCGCCAGACGCCGUCUUUGGUGAGCGCAACUUUACAGGUUUCCGCGUGCACAAGCAAGGCUCCAAACAGCUGGACAAAACCCCAUCGUACCAUGGCUCUGUCGGAGACAGAAACCUAACGGAUACGAUCUGUGAUGCGGGAUGCGGAAAAUCGCUGCGGAAUUGGUUUGAUGGUGUCAGUGCCGCGUGUGUCGGACAAAAUGUCAGCGCCAGCAGUCUCGCCACAAAGGCCGGCGCAACGAUUUGGGCCGGGUAUAACGAGACUUGCAUCAAGGACAGCACGAGUCAUCAAUACUGCAAUGAUAUCAUUGAUAAGUUUAGGCUGGUGGACACAUACCAGGACAUGCCGCAGUCAGAACUCUGCUCGUACUGCUACAUCGAGAAGCAUCGGGUUAUGCAGUCGUCUCCUUAUUCCGUUUACCAACGAGACCAGUUCUACCGGGACCGCCUGGAGUAUAUCUACGCCACCUGUCCCGGUGCAUCAGGCCCGACUGCCAUCCGCCCCCUUCCAAUUGCUCAACCACCCAAGGAGUCCCUUUCUUGCUUUACAGACUCGAUUUAUACCACCAAAGCCGGUGACACGUGUGAUCCCAUUGCGCAGAAGCACUCCGUCUCGUCCGCGUUCCUCCAAAUGGGGAACCCCGACUCGCUAUACAAUUGCACAGACGUCACCCCGGGACUCGAUCUCUGCAUCCCGCUCACCUGCGACACUCUCUACAUCCUGCAGGCCAAUGACACCUGUCUGUCUAUCGAGAUCAAGCAAAACCUAAAUCUGGGCACCGUGAAAAAGUAUAACUCCUGGAUCGACUACUGGUGCGAUAACCUUCAGACGACCACUUGGAUCCACGGACAUACUCUCUGCCUGAGCCCCCAGGGAGGCAUCUUCAACACCACGGACCCUAUCCCGGGGGUAGUCGUCGCGCCGGGAUCGAGCACCGGGUACACCAGUCAAGUGAUUCCUGCCCCGGCCAACGCGACGGUUGCGAAUGGGACCACGCCGUACUGUGGACGGUGGUUUGAAGUGUCCGACGCGGAGGCGUCGUGUGCCAGCGUUUGCCUGCAGAAUAGAAUCACCAUUGAUCUCUUCAGGGCAGUGAACCCUAGCAUUGCCGGGGAUGGCGUGGAGAGCUGUUCGGGUUGUUGCAGACGGGGGUGA